UUUUAUUUAUCAUUUUUUCAGAGUGAGAUGUAUGCUGGUGCAAUAAUAAUCCAACAAGUGCUGGGAUGGCCACUUUAUCUAUCCGUCUGCCUUCUUCUGUUCUUGACAGCUAUUUACACGGUCGUCGGUGGCCUAAGAGCAGUUAUUUACACUGACGCACUGCAAACAGUUGUCAUGCUCUUCGGCGCUAUUGUUCUGACGAUUAUAGCUUUUAUCGAGAUCGGAGGGAUGGAAAAUCUGCAUCUUAGAUACAUGACAGCGAUACCAAACACAACUCAAAUUUGGGGUAACACAACUUGCGGCGUGCCCGGAGAAGAGUCCUUUCAUAUAUUCCGAAGUGCGCAAGAUCCAUCGUUGCCGUGGCCAGGAGUGAUAUUUGGAAUUCACAUAUUAUCCGGUUGGUUCUUUUGCACAAAUCAGGUAAUAGUUCAGAGGACAUUAUCUGCCAAGAAUGUGACGCACGCAAAAGCUGGUUCAAUCAUGGCUGCCUAUUUCAAAAUUCUUCCAAUGUACCUGAUGAUAUUUCCCGGAAUGAUAAGUAGAGCUCUUUAUACUGAUGAAGUAGCUUGUGCUGAUCCUUCGACGUGUGAAGCUAUUUGCGGUGUUCCUGCAGGUUGCAGCAACAUCGCAUACCCAAAGCUUGUAUUAGAGUUAAUGCCAACAGGUUUGAAGGGAUUAAUGAUGGCAGCCAUGUUAGCAGCUCUCAUGAGUUCACUGACAUCAAUUUUCAACAGCGCUAGUACUGUCUUCACUAUUGACAUCUGGCUCAUGAUCAGAAAAAAGGCUUCGGAAGCAGAGUUGAUGAUAGUCGGCAGAGUUUGCACCGUCGGACUUGUGUUUGUUAGUGUUUUGUGGCUACCUUUGAUUGAAGCUUAUGGAUCCGGAGAACUAUUCGUUUACAUCCAGUCCAUAGCAUCUUUCUUCGCCCCACCGUUCUUUGCUGCUUUCUUAUUAGCGGUUUUCUGGACAAGAGCAAAUGAAAAAGGUGCAUUCUGGGGUCUGAUGUCAGGAUUAUUCAUCGGAUUUACGCGCCUGAUCCUGGAUUUCAUAUUCUCACCACCUGCGUGCGCAGAAUUAGACGAACGACCGAAUAUUAUUAAGAAUUUUCAUUAUCUACACUUCGCUUGUUUUUUGUUUGGAACAACUCUGUUCUUCACUAUUGUCGUUAGUCUUCUCACCGAGCCUAUUCCCUUACAAAAGUUAAAUGGUAUGACUUGGUGGACAAAACACUUAAGGUAUUCGAUUACUGAUGAUUCGAAAGAGGAAAAGCUUCAUGAAGACGUGAAAUGCUCUCCUGCAGUUCCCAACAAUUGUGGCGAGAAAGAAAAUAGCGAGAUGGUGGAAAGCAAGAGCGAAAAUAGAGAAGACACGUCAUCUACAGAAAAAGAAUCGAUUUUGUCAUUAUUAUUUUUAUUCGUGUGUGGUGUCUCAUCGAAACGUCUAAACUCUGACGAGCCUGAAGUAUCAUAUGAAGAUCUCCAAAAAGAAGACACCGACGGAGUAUCGCUGUACGAGGACCCUAAAUGGGUUCGAGUUAUGAAUAUCAACGUGGUUAUUUUGAUCGGCGUGGGAGUCUUCUUCUAUGGUUUUUAUGGCUAAGUUUAUGCAUGGAGGAAUUAGUUUAGACUAUUUCCUCCAUGGUUUAUUAUUAAUCGUCAGCAAUAGUAGUGACAGUCAGCAUAACUAUAGUGACGUCAUAUAUAGUAGUAGUAAAAUUAUAUAAAUGACGUCAUAAUAUUAGUAACAUCAUAGCGGUGACUGUAUAUAAAAUCUAUGUAGCAUCUGAGUUUUUUUUUUAUAUACUGUUUUCAAACCUUACCAUUAAUGAUCCAAUAACCGAUUUCGAUAAUAAGCGCCUAGACUUUCGCUAAUCUUCGCUCUAGAAUAAGAACAAUUGUGUUUACUACAAUAUAAUAUCUUUUAAAUUAACGUCGCGGUAAAUAUUUGAAAGAAUGUAUAUUCAACGUGCUUUGAUGCUACGUAAUCAUUAGGAUAAUAAAUAAUCGUUUUCUCGAAAAUACCGGUAAAUAAUACGGAUUAUCGAUACGUUACUGAUCGAAUCCUUAACCCAGUCAAACGAAAAUCUCAACAGUUUUUUCAAGGAUGUUUAAUUACUGAAGGACGCUGUCUCCAAGACACGAACAAUGUCAGUAAGCCUCUAUGGUCAGAUAGAGAAAAUCAAACGUAUUAUAAGUAUAAAGUUAAUUGCAAUAAAUAAAUAUAUUUCAAAUAAGGGCUGCUUAUAAAAAAUAAGUGCUGCAUUUCUUGAAAAAGCACUACAGCCUUAAUUGUAUAAACGCCGUGGUGCUUAUUGAAAGAUUUACGUUAUAGCUCAAUGUACAAUUAUCUUUGGUUAUAGGCCUGAUUACACUUAUUUACUCUUCAUUUUUAUAAUUGACUAGUCUAGGCCCUCUAUUGUAUCAACUUUAACCGUAAAUAUUUGUCCGCACUAUUAAAUUACAUGUGACAAGUUUGUGUGAUGUGCCCAAAAAAAUAAUGGGUGUCAUAUUACACUCAAUUAUGGGCAUAUCGCAUUUAUUUGUGAUAUAAAGUUUGAUAGAAUUUGAUAAUGUGGACAAGGUUUUAGUUUGGGUAGCACAAUCUCUUCUUUUUAUUAAAAAUACAUUUAAGAACAUAGUUUGGUAGUACAAUUAAUAAGUUUAGUGUAAAAGUGAAGUGCGUAAAGUUCCGUAGAUAGUACCAAACUUAAGUAGGUAAUAAUUUGAAUAUGAGUGUUAUAUCCAGUUAUACAAUUGGUUAUAAUAUAAGUACGGUUUUAUGCAUUAUGUAAAAACCUAUUUAUCAAAUACGGUACCGGUACUUACUAUUAAGCUCUGAUCUUUAUGAAAUAGCGCUAAACUAGAUUGGGUGCUAUUGUAUGUAAUGUUAUGCUGUUUUGGUUUACACUAGUGAAAUGUUAUCGAAUAUUAAUAAUAAUGUAAAUAAGUAAAUACUGUCCAAGAAAA